GGUUCCUGCUGCAGCUCCUCUUCCUGGCCAGAGCCAAAUGUCUCAGCCGUGUGCGCCGGCGUUGAAGGCAGUGGUGGCUGCGGCGGCUGGCUGAGGAUGACCUGCACCACGUAGUCUCGCGAGAUGUUGAGCUGGUCUAAACGCAGUCUGUCCGUCAGCGGCCGACCUGAGAAGAACCAGCGCUGAGCGGUGGCGGGCACGCCCUCCUGGCUUUGGAGACGCCGUUUCAUCAUGCCCACCGUAUCUACAGAACGCACCGGAAGCCGGAGAUCCCGACCCGUGGAGAGGCGCAGCCGCAGCUGGCACUCCCCAGCGGAGCCAGGGUCGCCGCCCGCAGAGGCGUCUGCGGUGCCAGAGUCCGCGUCAGAACCAUCGGGUUCGUCCCAGCGCUCCUCGAUCAUGUUGACUGGCGGGGACAGGCAGUAGACGGGCAGUUGGUAGCGGUUCCCCAGCUCGUCGUAACAUUCCGUUAGAGCUCCUGAGGUAGAACACAGUCAAUUCAUGUGACAAAUCCGAUGCAUUGCGGGUGUUGUGUCAGGGCUAAACACUGACCGUGCGGCAGAGUGAUGCUGGCGCCGUCCAGGAUUGCCUGGGCCAGCUGAUGGUCGUGGCUCUCGAAGGCGCUGGCGGCUGCAUGCAACGCAUCCCAGAUCUCCUUGCGGCCCUCAAAGGCUGGCGCAGUGUCCCAGAACUCAUCCCUCUUGCUGCGCAGCUGGCCCUCGGUCAUUGGAUAGUCGCUCUUCCAUUUGGGACGCUCCCUCUUUAAAGGCUGGUUCCGCCCAAGUGUCACUGGAAGGAGAUCAUCCGUCAAUGGUCAAACUCAAAACCACCAUGCUCCAUCAAUGCAGUCGUAAGACACUUCACCAUACAACCAGCAGCGCUCCAAACAUUUGCUGCCUAAAUGGGCUGCGGCUCCUCUUCUGUUCCUGUGUCGCCAUUGUGCUCCCCCCACCAAGGACACCAGUCUGCCAGGGGUCGCCCCAGCAAAUCAAUCUCCUCCAUCCAACCCUGUCUUCUACAUCUGUCUCUCUCACACCAACUACCCUCAUGUCCUCCUUGACUACAUCCAUAAACGUCCUCUUUGGUCUUCCUCUACGCCUCCUACCUGGCAGCAUCCUUCUACCAAUAUAUUCACUAUCUGUCCUCUGGACAUGUCCCAACCAUCUCAGUCUGGCCUCUCUGACUUUAUCUCCAAGGCCUCUAGCAUGUAAUGUGCCUCUGAUGUACUCCUUCCUGAUCGUAUCCAUCUUGGUCACUCCCAAUGAGAACCUCAGCAUCCUCAUCUCUGCUACCUCCAGUUCUGCUUCCUGUAAUUUCCUCAGUGGCACUGUCUCUAGACCAAACAACAUGGCUGAUCUCACCACAGUUUUGUAUACCUUUCCUUUUAUUUUAGCUGAAACUCUUCUAUCACAAUAUUAAAACUCAUAUUUGUCCUAAACAGUUUUUUUAUGGCCUUAACAAUGAAAAUAUUCUGUUUAUUGCCCAGCAACAUGGUAGUACACAUUUUGAUGAGAAUGUCAGAAAUAUAAAGGAAAUCUAUAUUAUUGAUUAGUGUGGUGACGUGAUUCAAUGGACCAGUAUGGGUAUGAGUAUCAGUAUCAGUUCUAAUGAGCACUUAUAUAAAAACAAAUAUUGUUUUACAUAGGGUGAGAAUACCAAUAUAGGAAUGUAUUAUAGGAGUCUCAGAUUAUGGGUGAUGGGUUUGUGGUCAUAAGUAAUGGGUGAAUAUUACCCGAAGACGUCUGCUGUGUUAUGUUGAAUUAAAUAGGGGGUGAAAA